AUGCCUGAAAUAAUCAAGCAGAUCCUCUCAGUAGUUCCUCUUGCAGUACUUCUAUUGUCACUGGGAGCUGCUGGUACUUCUCUUGGUCUCAUUCAGGCUAACACUGAUAAUGGGAUAGCAUGUCGUUUUUUCAUUACUUAUACUCAAGCUAUGAACUCAAGUCUGAUAAAUUACAAUGUACCCACUUGUAAGUUGAGUGUAGCAAGUGCUGCCAUUGCUACAAUAUGUCUGGCUCUGCUAACUGCCAUUGAGCUAAUCAGUGUUUUAUUUCAAAUAAAUGUCAAAAGGUUGAUUGCUGUCAUUAUUCAAGCUGGAUUCUUUGUUGGUUCUAUUUUGUUCCUAUUGAUUACCAUGAUUGUGGUUUCAGCUGGUUGGGGAAAGACUUGUGCUACAUACAAAAACAUAAUGAGCUUAGAUGGUAACAUUGACUGCACUGGACCACAAUAUUUCUCUGGUGUUGGACCGUAUGCACCAAAUGGUGCAGAUUUCAUUACAGCUGCUGUACUUGCUGGUGUUGGUGCUGCAAUAGCUGCUGGAGCUUUUUGCUACUCAAUUGUGAAGCUGAUGAGGAGGUCAAAAGAUGAUAAUGAAACUACUCUAAACUACUGAACACUGACUAUAAUGUAACAUUGACUCUAAUUAC